ACCCUUUCUCCACCUCCCCACCUGAAAGUGGGGGCUGGAAGCGUAUAAAUACCCUGUGGUGAGGACUGAUUGGCGGCCCGCGGUGACGUCACCCUUUGUUGACAAGCGGGAGUCGGGGGCCGUCGCCUCAGUCGCGGUGCGCACCCGUCGCCGUCCCCGUCCCCUCGCUCGCUCCUUUCGGGCCAAAUUCCGCUUCGACCCACGCGAAAUGUGCUGGCGUGCGAGCUGAUGUGCCCGGGCUGCUGGCGGGAGAGGCGACCGAGUCGGAGACAGGAGCCGGGGGAACAAAAGAUGCCGAGGCGAGGGGAGGGCUUCCUCCUGCUGGAGCAGGCCGUCACGGUCGACCCGAACGAGAUCGACGCGCUGGUGGCGAAGAUCGGCGAGACGCUGCAGUUGCAGCGGGUGCCGGGCGGCGGGGCCGCCAAGCAGCAGCAGCAGCAGCAGCAGCAGCCGAUGCAGGUCAUUCACCAUCAGCAGCCGCCGCCGUACGAGCAGCAGCCUGCGCCGCGGGGCCCGGCCAAGUGCGGCUUCUACUGCAUCGACCGGCUGAAGGCUCCGAGCCGCAACAAGCCUUACCAAGUGCCGGCGCGGAUCCGCGACCCGGCCUCCUCCUCCUCCUCGUCGUCGGCCGGUAACGGCAAGGGGCGGAUGGCGCGGCCCGGCUCCGAGGCCAGCGCCCAGCAGAAGCUGGAGCAGCUCCUCUCCUCGGGCAACCUGAUCAAAGAGGCGGUGAGGCGCCUCCGGAUCGACCGGCCCUACUCGUCACUGUACGUGGAGAAGAUCCCGAUGUAAAACACGACACGGGGAAGAGUUGUCUCUUCCUCUGAACCGUGGGAGAGGAACAUUAAAACACAAAAGAAUCCACAGCCGCUGAAAAUCGGUGAGAAGUGAAUGAAUAGUUUUUCAGAACAAUAAUCUGUCUUAAAGCACUGUGCGGUAUUCACAAGGAGAUUGAUAAGGAUUUUGGGAUUUCAUCCUUGCACCAGUUCAAUUAUAUUUCAACGAAAACAAUGCAAACCAAUCUUUUUCGAUACUGACUGCUUGUAUAUUUUUUCAAUGGGCUACAUGCUCGGUGUUUACAGCGGAAAGGCACGCCGUCUGGUGCUUGUUUAAACUGACGGACACCCGCAAGGUCGUUGACCAACGCUGACCUUGAUCUUUUUGGACUCCCUCGUUACUUUUUGGACGGGUCUUUUCCGCAGACAUUUGAAUCCCGGACCCCCUCCAGAAAUCGUUUCUCAGUAAAGUGGACUGGAUACCAGCCGAGCCAAAUCCGCAUUCCAAGAACUCUAGAACCGCCAACUACAUCAGGAAUUCCGCGAACUGUUUACAGGACGUGUCUUUUUCCCACUAGCUUUCGGACCUGGUUUCGUAGCAAAGUAGGGUUCAAGUUCGUUGUUAUUUAAUAGCCACUUAAAUUUCGCUACAAUAAAAUAAGGAGUUUACUUCGUAACGGAGUAUUUUUUUGUUCCUGUUCUCCAGGAAUUAAUGUCAAAUAAAGUAUCGCAGUUGAACAACA